UCGAUCCGAAGACCGACUUUGAUUUGAUUCCGUUUUUCGAUCCGAGCUGAACGCUGGGAUAUACCCGUCGGGAGGCGCGCUUGUGAUUUGCGUUGAGUUUGGUUUUGAUUUUGAGUUGGAUUCAAGAAUCGCACAAGAGUCGAAAGGCAAAAUAUGCACAGCCAAGUGAGAAAAGAAAGCUGCAGAGAAAGCCACUGAGAGAAGUGCUAAGAAAGUGCCGAGUACAAGUGUCGGAAAAGUGCCUCGCCAGCCAAAAAGCUAAAAGGAUUUACGCGCUCAGAACGCCCCAAAAACAGUUCAAAAAAAAAAUAUAAAUCUGCCCAAAAUUAUCCAAAACACUGUUCAUGUGCAGUUAAAACUGAAAUCAGAGAACACCCACACCACACACGCGUUCAGCUGCCCAAGUUAAGGAUCUAGCCACAUCCACAUCCACAUCCCGGCCGCCAGGAGUUGUGUUUCCGCGCUUGCAGUCCCCGCGAGAAAAAGCCGCCAACAUUCUCGAUAAAGUGGCCUCAAUAGGCGCCAACACGCUCAAUUUCACGGAUCUAGGGAGCCCCUACGAGGGGCCUCCCAGCACCCCCCAGUCGGGUAUGGACGCACCGGACGCCCCCCACACGCCCAAGUACAUGGACGGCGGGAAUACGGCGGCAAGUGUCACGCCCGGCGUCAAUAUUCCCGGAAAGUCCGCCUUUGUCGAGCUCCAGCAGCACGCCGCCGCCGGGUACGGCGGCAUUCGGAGCACCUAUCAGCAUUUCGGGCCGCAGGGCGGCCAGGACUCUGGCUUCCCGAGUCCGCGCAGCGCCCUCGGCUACCCGUUCCCGCCCAUGCACCAGAACUCUUACUCCGGCUAUCACCUCGGCAGCUAUGCCCCGCCCUGCGCCAGUCCGCCCAAGGAUGACUUUUCAAUCUCGGACAAGUGCGAGGACUCCGGCCUCCGAGUCAACGGCAAGGGCAAGAAGAUGCGCAAGCCCCGCACCAUCUACAGCUCGCUGCAGCUCCAGCAGCUCAACCGCCGCUUCCAGCGCACCCAAUACCUGGCCCUGCCCGAGCGGGCGGAGCUGGCGGCGAGUCUGGGCCUCACGCAGACGCAGGUGAAAAUCUGGUUCCAGAACCGACGCUCCAAGUACAAAAAGAUGAUGAAGGCGGCCCAGGGACCGGGCACCAACAGCGGCAUGCCCCUUGGCGGAGGUGGGCCGAAUCCCGGCCAGCAUAGUCCCAAUCAAAUGCAAGGUGGCGGUAAUAACGGCGGUGGCUCCAACAGCGGCUCACCCUCACAUUAUCUACAUCCCGGACAUAGUCCAACGCCAUCGAGUACUCCUGUGUCCGAGCUUUCGCCUGAAUUCCCACCAACGGGUCUCAGUCCGCCCACGCAAGCGCCGUGGGACCAGAAGCCGCACUGGAUCGACCACAAGCCACCGCCCCAGAUGACGCCCCAGCCACCGCAUCCGGCGGCAGCGGCGCUACAUCCGCAAACGCACCACCACAACCCGCCGCCCCAGAUGGGUGGCUAUGUGCCCCAGUACUGGUACCAGCCCGAGACGAAUCCCUCAUUAGUGACGGUGUGGCCGGCGGUCUAACAGCAUCCGAAUCAGCUGCCCUCGGCUGCCUGGAGCCUAGAGCACCUGGAGCAUCUGGAGCAGCAGCAUCCCCUCCAGCAGCCCCCCUGCCCGGACCUGGGGCUGGACCAUCAGCAGCAGUACCUGCUUCAGGGGGGCGGCGGGCCAGUGCAUCCGCACGCGAUAUCUUAGCCAAUACGAACCAUGAUAGCAACUGUAAAAUACACAUGAAAAAACCAAUUGAGAUACAAGCUGGCAGAGAACUGGCGAGUGGCAAGUGGCAACUGGCAAGUUUGGGCGGAAACAUUUUGUACAUUUUAAAAUUGAUCUACAUUUACACAACGUGAAUAAAGUCGUUCUAAAGUAGAAGUCUAGCUAAGAACAAACACAACACAAAGGGAGAUCCAUUCUGGAAGCAGAAUACAGAAUUCCUCAACCACAAGAGCAGCAAUGAGAGUAUGAAACGUGUCCUUUAAUUUGGUUAAUUUAGCGAAAUAACUAUGUAUAAUAUAUCUAUAUUAAUAACUAUGUGUAGUGAGCAAACCACAAAAUAUGAAAUACGUAAAAUACAAAAAAUCAUAAAUAAAAUACAAAUAAACGAAAA